AUGGUUGAAGACAGCCGGCCAGAUAUGAGACCAGUCGAAUACUCGGAGCCUUCAUCCCCGCGCGCCGACAGCCCCGACCAAGAGAAGUGUCUUUCGCUCUCCGACGAUGGUUUUCCACACCAACAGGACGUUCAGACCAAGGUCGAAUGGGCCGAUGACACGGAGAACCCGCAAAACUGGCCCUUUGCGAAGAGGUGCUUCCAUACCAUGAUCCCUACUCUCAUCGCAUUCGUGACCACACUGGCCUCUUCCAUCUAUACACCAGGCCGUGACGAGGUGCAAGCAGAGUUCGGCGUCUCUUCGACCGUCGCCAUCCUUCCCUUCUCUUUCUACACUCUUGGUCUUGCUUUCGGUCCUCUGAUCGCUUCGCCAUGCAGCGAGAACUUCGGUCGUAGGGCAGUAUACUUUGUGUGUACCCCUAUCUUCGGUCUCUUCACGCUCGGUUCCGGCUUCUCCCAGUCAAUCGCCAGCUUGACCGUAUGCCGGUUCUUUGCCGGAUGCUUUGGUAGUCCUGCACUGAGCGUUGGAAAUGCAACUCUUUCUGACGUUUGGGCUCCGCACGAACGCGCUAUCCCAAUGGCCAUUAUUGUCUGCGCCCCUUUCUUGGGUCCAACCUUGGGCCCCUUGAUCGGAGGCUUCGUUGCCGAGGGCAAGGGUUGGCGAUGGACGCAAUGGGUGAUCCUGUUCUUCACCGUCGCCUUUCUCUCGCCCGCUUUCUUCAUGUCCGAGACCUACCGCAAGCAGAUACUCCAACGACGCGCCAAGCGGCAGCAGCGUCUUGAAAGUAACGGUCCAGAGCUGCACCGCACCGAGACGGCAGCUUCGCGCGCCUCGCGCGCCGCCCAAGGCAUGCAAGCGCUGCUUAUGAACACCAUUGGGCGGCCUGUGCAUAUGCUCGUGACAGAACCCAUCAUCGGCCUCUUCUCCCUCUACGUUGCCUUCAUCUUCGCGAUGCAAUACGCCUUCUUCGCCGCCUUCCCCUGGGUAUUCAGCAACACCUAUGGCUUCUCAAUCGGCGCACAAGGGCUCACUUUCCUCGGGCUGGGCGUCGGCUGCCUGCUCGGCUUCACCAUCAUCUGCAUCAGCAACAUAUGGUUCGACAAGCCGCGGGCGCAACGGUGGCGCGAGCGUCAGCAACAAGAGCUGGAAGCCGCCGCCGGCACCCAGUCCAGCUCGGGCGUCCUUGGUGCCAGCGGCCCCACGCCAGCGCGGCGCACCUCGCCACCGCCCGAGUUCGUCCUCUCGAUCGCUUUCCCCGGCUCCGUUGUGCUGCCCGCCGCACUCUUCAUGUUCGCCUGGACGGCGCACCCGUCGGUGCACUGGAUCGUACCCAUCGUCGCCGAGACGCUGUUCGGCACGAGCAACUUGCUCAUCUUCAUGGCUUGCACGCUGUAUCUCAUGAACACGUACGGCCCCAUGUACGGCGCUAGCGCCAUGGCGGCUUGUAGCUUGCUAAGGUACGUACUGGGUGCCGUGUUCCCGCUGUUCAUCUUGCAGAUGUACGAAGCGCUGGGGACGGGCUGGGCGACCAGUCUGCUUGGGUUUGUCAGCAUGGUGUUGGGUUUUGUGCCGUGGGGGUUCGUGAGGUGGGGUGAGAGGUUGAGGGGGAUGAGCAAGUAUCCUUGUGAAGGUUGA